AGUUGUACUUGUUAGUCUGUGACAGUUCUGUGUUAAACUUUCACGUUGUUAGACGUGUACAUACACACAAAUAAUUCAUCGAUACAAAGUCCAACGUACUGUCUGCAAACAUUGUUAUAUAAAUUUAUUUUAUCAAGAUGAAUCCUAUAACCCAGGUUGUCCGGGCAAGUAGGCCCAUCUACCGUAAGCUAUCAACCACAGUACCAAAUGGAGCUGCUGCAAAGCCUAUUCCAACUUCUGGCAUGUGCUUUGAAUUGAACGAUGAGCAAAAAGCCCUGCAGGACUUGGCGCGCAAGUUCACGAGGGAAGAGAUCAUACCUGUCGCCGCGCAAUACGACAAGAGUGGGGAGUACCCUUGGCCCAUUGUAAAGAAGGCGUGGGAGGUCGGCCUAAUGAACGGCCAUGUUCCUGAACAUUGCGGGGGCCUGGGAAAUUUUGGUGUUUUCGACGAGUGUAUCAUCGGUGAGGAAUUAGCGUUUGGUUGUACUGGCAUUGUAACAGCGGUCGGGGGAACGGGACUAGGACAAACACCCGUUAUUAUUGCUGGUAAUAAGGAACAGCAGAAGAAAUACCUCGGAAGGUUGAUUGAAGAACCACUUGUAGCUGCGUACUGCGUGACAGAGCCCGGUGCAGGUUCUGAUGUAGCCGGCGUUAAGACCAAAGCUGAGAAAAAGGGUGACGAAUGGAUUCUGAAUGGGCAAAAGAUGUGGAUCACCAACGGAGGGGUUGCUAACUGGUACUUCGUAUUGGCUAGAACCAACCCAGAUCCCAAAUGCCCGGCUAGCAAGGCCUUUACUGGUUUCAUCGUGGAGAGGGAGUGGGCUGGAGUGAACCCGGGGCGUAAGGAACAAAACAUGGGCCAGCGUGCUUCUGACACUCGCGGCAUCACAUUCGAGGACGUGCGCGUCCCCAAAGAGAACGUGCUCAUUGGCGAGGGGGCUGGUUUCAAGAUCGCUAUGGGUGCUUUCGAUAAGACACGCCCACCGGUGGCAGCCGGUGCUACUGGUCUAGCGAACAGAGCUCUCUAUGAGGCUACCAAGUAUGCCAUGGAGCGGAAGACCUUCGGCGUGCCCAUCGCCCAACACCAGGCCGUGUCCUUCAUGCUGGCCGAUAUGGCCAUCGGGGUGGAGGCCUCCAGGCUGGCCUGGCAAAGGUCUGCGUGGAUGGUGGACCAUGGUCAGAAGAACACCCUUAUGGCGUCCGUGGCCAAGUGCUUCGCGUCAGAGGUUGCGAACAAAGCCGCAGCUGAUGCCGUCCAGAUUUUCGGUGGAAACGGCUUCAACACCGAAUACCCAGUCGAGAAACUCAUGCGAGACGCCAAGAUCUACCAAAUCUAUGAAGGAACCUCCCAGAUACAAAGACUCAUCAUUUCCCGAGAAAUUCUCACUGCUGCAAAGCAAUCGAAUGCCUAAUUUGAUGUACACUGCUCUCUGCAUAUAAAAGCAUUCUGUAGUUGCGAACAUAGACAGCAAUGUAUACAGACCUAAGUGUACUUUGGCCAAAUAUGGAACUAGACUGACAUUAAAAUGGGCUUCUGGUUUUUCUUUGAAUAAGCAGUUCACUUUCAUAAUUUACACUACUUUUAUACUUAAGGCUGCUUUAAAUUUAUAAACAAAUAUCAUAAGAACUUAGAUUCCUCUUGAAGUUGUUAUGGAAAUAAGGCAAAAUAAUAAUGAAGAAACACUAACAAUGUAUAAUUUAAAUGUUUUGAUGAUUUAUUUUAGAAAUUUUUAAA